AUGGUUUCGUCUAACAACGAUAGUCGCGAAGAAACUCCUUCAGAUAAAGAGAAAAAGAGUCAGAAUGAAGAACCACUUAAAAUUCCAAAAGGUUUCGAGAACUUUUUUAAUAAAAAUGUAGAAAGACUUAAACAAAUUGCAAAAGAGCAAGUUCCAAAAGAUAAUAAUACUCCUAAUAAUAAUUCUCGACCACAAGACGAACAACAAAAAUCUCCCCCCAAACAACACCAACCGCCGAUCAAAGAAUUCAAUCUACAUUUAAACGUUAACACCAUUCUUCCCCUUCUAUUUUCGGCAUAUAUCUUGUAUAAAAUUGUUGGUGGUUCUGAUAAUUCUCGAGAAAUUACUUGGCAAGAAUUUCGGACUGCAUUUUUUGAUAAAGGUUUAGUCGACAAACUUGUUGUGGUGAAUAGAAAAAAAGUUCGCGUAUAUUUACAUUCAAACGCAACUGGACAGAUGUAUCCGAACGCUCCUACCCUACCCGGUUCGAAUUAUUAUUUUAGCAUUGGAUCUGUUGAAGCAUUUGAACGUAAAAUAGAAGAUGCUCAAAAUGAAUUGGGAAUCCCAUCAAAUGAACGAAUACCUGUAGC